AAGCUUUCUCUCCACCACCACCAUACUCUUUUUCUUUUAGCAUCAUCUUCUCUUUACUCUUAAUCAAUCCAUGCAAUCGUAACCUCUGUAUCGGAACUCUUUACUGAACUUUUUUUUCAACUCUUUAUUUCAAGCACUAUACAACAUAGCUCUUUCCAGGUGUAUUCAGGACGUUGUUUCUGGCUGAUUUUAGAACCGUUCCAAUAAGUUGGUGAUUUCACUUGACUCGGAAAAGAAUCGUAGGCAUAGAAAAACAUAAAUUCUACACACGAUAGUACUCGGAUGAGAUUGUUAUUGACAAAAUAAAAAAAAUGAAGACAUCACAUUACUCGUGGCACCGUCCAGGCAUUUCUGAUCUUCAGAAGAAUAUACCACAGCCCCGCCACAGACAACCUGUAAAGGGGCCAGUUUGGAUCAUUGCAUUGGUUUCUUUUAUUAGUCUCUUGUUAAUUGGUGCUUAUAUCGUUCUUCCAGGAGGAUAUUCAUUUUGUUAUUUUUCUGGAGUCGGUUGUAAGUCUAUCUCCGAGUGGCUACCCGUACCUACUCCUAUUAGGGUAUACAGUGAUGCUGAGAUUGCAGCUCGUGCUGUCAUUAGAGAUAUCUUGCAGACACCUCCUAUUCAAACAAAGACACCUAAAAUUGCUUUCAUGUUCUUGACUCCGGGAACAUUACCUUUCGAAAAACUAUGGGAUAAGUUCUUUGAAGGUCAUGAAGGUAGAUUCUCCGUCUACGUACACGCUUCUGAGGAAAAGCCGGCACAUUUGAGCCGUCAUUUUGUCAACAGAGACAUUCACAGUGAGAAGGUAGUAUGGGGGACAAAUUCGAUGGUUGAUGCAGAGAGGAGACUCCUGGGAUUGGCAUUCCAAGACCCUGAUAAUCAGCAUUUUGUGCUUCUCUCAGACAGUUGCAUUCCAAUUCAUAAUUUCGAUUAUGUCUUUAACUAUUUGAUGAAUACAAAUGUUAGCUUUAUUGAUUGCUAUGAAGAUCUCGGACCUCAUGGAUCAGCUGGUAGGUAUUCAGAACAUAUGUUACCUGAAGUUGACUAUAAAGAUUUCAGGAAAGGUUCUCAGUGGUUCACAAUGAAGCGGCAGCACGCCAUGAUAGUCAUAUCAGACGGUCAUUACUACCCGAAAUUCAAGCUUUACUGCAAGCCAGGUAUGGAGGGGGAUAAGAAUUGCUACUCUGACGAGCAUUACUUGCCGACAUUCUUCUAUAUGAUGGAUCCUGGAGGCAUAGCUAAUCGAUCAGUGACACACGUUGAUUGGUCUGAAAGGAAGUGGCAUCCGAAAGCUUAUCAAGCUCAAGAUGUUACUAAUGAGAUCCUGAAGAACAUUACUUCAAUUGAUGAGAGUUUACAUUUUACUAGCGACGAAAGGAAGUUAUUGGUGGAUAAAGCUUGCAUAUGGAACGGGAUGAAGAGGCCGUGUUAUUUAUUUGCUAGAAAAUUCGAUCCGGAAGCUCUGGAUACUUUGAUGCAUUAUUUCUCCAAUCACACAACAAUUUGAGUUUACUGGUAGCAACUAUUGGCAGAGUGUUGAGAGAGCUGUCAGUUUAUCUGUUUUAAUAGUUGUUAGUUUUCUGUUAUGUGUUUGGGAGUGUUGUAUGUGCAUCUUGUGUGUAUCUCAUUUCAGUUUCAA